UCAGUUAUUUUGGCGUGUUGGUAGAGGUGCCGAUUGGCCACGCGGUGGCUUUACAGGUGUCAAUUGGAAAUGACCGGUUAUGUUCUGAGAAUUAGCUAAAUACGGCUAGCUGCCUCUUCUGUGAUAGCUGUUGUUCCGCGUGGUUUUCUAGAGACGAAAAGCGUUUCGUUGCUAGGAAACCUUUACAGAUUUUGGAUUUUCUUCCGAAGAAUUUAGAUACCAUACCAGCAGCUAACGUUAGUGUAGCUAUACAUCAUUCAUCGAUGAAAUAAAAAAUAAAAACAUUUCUAAAGCUAAGAAAAGCGAAGCUUACUUGACAACCAACAAUGUCUGAAGAAUCAGACGACAUUCCUCUACUUGAACUUGACGCCGUCAUUGGGUUUAACGGGCGUGUGGUUUCCGGCCUGAUACUCCACCCUGAGGAAACGCACCUUAUUUACCCGCUCGGCUGCACUGUCAUACAGAGGAACAUCCAGAACAACACGCAGGAGUUUCUGGCUGAACACACAAACAAUGUCAGCUGCGUUGCCAUCUCAAAGAGUGGCCGUUACAUUGCUUCUGGUCAGGAGACCUACAUCGGCUUCAAGGCAGACAUCAUUAUUUGGGAUAACACCAAAAAGGACAUCCAUGCCAAACUGACCCUCCACAAAGCCAAGGUGGAGGACCUGGCCUUCUCCCCUAACGAAAAAUAUUUGGCAAGCCUUGGGGGUCAAGAUGAUGGCAGCAUCGUUGUGUGGAACCUCGAGAGGGGAGAUGCUCUGUGUGGAAGUCCAGCCGCAGUGCAUUGUGGGGUACAGUGCCUGAGAGUACGGUUUUCAAACCUGAGCGACAACAUCUUACUGUCUGCAGGGAACGGGACCAUCCGUGUCUGGGAGAUUGAUUCUUCCACCAGGAAGAUGCGGGCCACGGAGUGCCAGAUUGGACAGCUGAGGAGAGUUGUGAAGUGCAUUGAGGUCGCUGCAGACGACGGCUUCUUCUACUGCGGCACCAGCAGCGGAGACAUCCUGAAGCUCAAUCUGAGGACCAAGCUCCUCAACGUCUACGGACCCCUGAAGGAGAAAUUCAGCCAGGGAAUCAAUGCCCUGAAGCUGCUGAAGUCGGGGGAGAUGCUGGUGGGCUCGGGGGACGGAGUGGUGUCCGUUUGCAAAGAGGCCAACUUCAGCGCCUUCCUGACGGUCCAGCUGGAGGGGGGCGUCACCUCCGUCGCCCUGCCCGAUAAGGGGCACCAGCUGUACGUGGGGACGGCCGCCUGCAACAUCUACAGCGUGCGGGACGAGGACUUUAAGGAGGAGCUCUUCAGCAGCAGCCACAGCCACCCUGUCAACGCCGUGGCCUUUCCCUUUGGCACCUCCGAGCUGUUUGCCACCUGCUCAAAGAACGAUAUUCGGGUGUGGCACACAGGCUCGUCCCGGGAGCUGCUGCGCAUCGCGGUCCCGAACGUCACCUGCAACGUGGUGGACUUCACCAUGGACGGCCGGUGCAUCAUCAGCGCUUGGAGUGACGGGCAGAUCCGGGGCUUCACUCCGGAGACGGGGAAGCUGAUGUUCAUCGUGGAUAACGCCCACUGCCGAGGAGCCACCGCCAUGGCCUGCUGCAAGGACUGCAGAACCAUCGUCAGCGGGGGCGGGGAGGGGCAGGUGAGGGUGUGGGACGUGCAGCCGGGCUCGUACCGGCUGAUUGAGAACAUGAAGGAGCACAAGGGCGCCGUCACCCGCAUCACGCUCAAGAGCGACGACAAGGAGUGCGUCUCCGCCAGCACGGACGGAGCCUGCAUCGUCUGGGACCUGGUGAGCUACGUGAGGAAGCAGAUGGUGUUGGCCAACACCAUGUUCAGAAGCGUGUGUUACCACCCCAGCGGGUACCAAAUCAUAACGACUGGCUCAGACAGGAAGAUUGCCUACUGGGAGGUGCUUGACGGCACUGCCGUGAGGGACCUGGAGGGGUCGCUGACGGGAUCCAUCAACGCCAUGGACAUCACGCAGGACGGAGACUACUUCAUCACAGGCGGAGACGACAAGCUGCUGAAGGUGUGGAUGUACACCAACGGCGAGGUGACGCACGUGGGCGUCGGCCACAGCGGCAGCAUCACGACCGCCAGGAUCUGCUCCGCCGGCAGGUGCGUGGUGAGCACCAGCCAAGACGGGGCCGUGCUCCGCUGGCGCUUCCCCCACCCGCCCCGCCCCGCCCUCACACCCAGUGACUGACAGUCCCGGGCUCCGCCCCCCUCCAGUGCCGGCGCGAGGCUGCGCUUCCUCGAACCGACGCGCUGAAAUGACUCUUGUUUUUGCCCUUAUAGCUCGUUUGCAUUAUUAAAAACUGAUAAGAAUGUUGGAUUCCCGUCCAUUUU